GUAGAUUUUCCCAUCAGCAGACUCCAGCAUCUCAUACACCUGGAUGAUGUUCUUGUGGUCCAGGGUACGGACAAUCUGGAGCUCCCGAGGCAGGAAUCUCUGGAUAAAUUCUGAGGAAACAAAGAGAAAAGAGAUGGGAUCUCAAGUCCAGAAGGGCACAACCCUUCACUCCUUCCCCUCCUUCCAGUUUCUCCGCCCAGCAUGUCUGGGUCUUGUGCCUUGGUUCCCAUUAACAGUCUUAAAUGUCUAGCUACUUGGACGUUGCAAAGAAUGUUCACUGCUAUUAUUUUUGUAGUUAAUAUAUUAUUCAAAGGAACUACUCCAGGCCAUCCUCAAGGACUGUUGUGAGCCACCUGUGAGACCAUGGAUAUCAAAGUGCUUUGGGGAUUUUUAGAAAAAAACACUGAAUCUCAGUUAUGAGGCCUGAUUUGCCAUCUCCUCACACCCCUGCCUCCUGACCCACGGUUCUUCCCAUGAGCCCGGUCUUCCUUUUUCCCAUCCCUAACUGCAUUGGCAACAGCUCCUGCCCUCCACCAGCCCGGGCCAUGGUCUCUCUGCCUGUCUCUGUCCCCCUCCUAGAACAGGGAAGGCCGGCAGGCUGGGCUUCUGGUUCUAAGGACCCUUCACUAACUGCCACUUAAAUUUUGGGUUUUGGAGGGUGUGAUGUUCCUGGACUCAUAGCAUCCUUUUGUUCCCCGCUGACCUCCACCAGAGCCACAAACUCUUGGGAUUCCUUGGUUGCAGACUAAAGGGGAGGUGGGGAUGUUCCUUCCCACUGGUGGAAGUGUCCACCCACCUCAACCAGCCCUCCCUUUCUCCAAAGGGGCCCCAGCUCACCUUCCGGCCCUCCCAUCUUGUCUAUAAUUUUAAUUGCCACUUUUGUUUGGUGUUUUUUGGAAAAUGCUUCUUUGACUUUUGAGUAGGUCCCUUCCCCAAUGGUCUUGCCCAGCUGGUACCCAUUGGAGAGCAGAAAGUCCUCCAUGCUGUCUAGCGCCUCCUUCCUGUCACCCUCUCAGCUCAUGCUGCCUCUGUGAGGCAGCUCUACUCCACCAUCGCCCUUGGCCUGCUCCUUUUCCCCCCAAGGACUUCAUCCGCAGCCGUCCCCACGCUAGAACAUUCUCCGUCUGGACACAGCAGCCACGGGUGGUGGGGAGGGAGAGGACCAGACAUUUUAAAACUCCGGCCCAAUUGUGAUGUAAAUGCUGUGUGACCCUUUGGCCAAAAUGGGCAGAGCCCUUACCUGUCCUCACCAUCACCACUACCAAAUCCAGUAUGGGCUAAGUCCCUGCUGCGCCCCCGCCCCCGCGCCAGGCAGGGAGUCGCAGCCCACCCGGGGGCGCCCAGGGACGUCUGCGCGUCUCCAGGGAUGAGGGGCUCCUUUUCCUGGACGCCGCCUCCUGCGCCCGGAUCGGACUGCGGGGAACCUGCCCGACCCAGUGCCGAGGCGCCAUGGCAAAGGCCCUCCAGCCCGGGCUCGCUGCGGCGCGGAGUGCCGGGCAGCCCAAGACGGCUGGAGGUUCCCGACGGGAGGAACGGGCUCUGUGAGGUCAGCGCGCCGCGGCCCGGAUCACAAUGCAGCCCGCCCCCUCGACGCCCGGGCCGUGGCGCGCCGCAGACACCUGCCGGGCUCCGCCUGGACCGGAGCGUCCUCCCGCGGCCAGGGGUCGGGCAGCUGCUUCCAGCCUGGGACCGGCCUCGGCCUCCGGCAGAGCGCCCCGGGGCCUGGACAUGAGUGCCCAGGAGCCCUCGCAGGGUCGGAGAUUCCCCAUUGAGGCCGGAGACUCCCCUGGCCUUGCCGCUGCCCCCGAGUCCCAGGACAGCCCGGAGCCGGUAGCCACGGAGCACAACCCGGUCAGGCCGCUUCGACGCUGCCCGGGCUGCCACUGCCUGACACUGUUGCACGUGCCCAUUGACGUCUACCUGGCCAUGGGCGGGAGCCCCCGGGCCCGCGCCACCUGAGGGCGCCUGCGCACGGCGGCUCCCCGGGAGCCGGGCGGGACGAGGCCCGCCGCGGGCCACCACGCUGAGGUCGCGCGCGCCGAGCACGAGACAAUGAUGCACAUUUUAAAAUAAAAGAAUGAUGCACAUUUUAAUAAAGCACAGCAUAAACUGUUCUUUCCACUCCAGGCUGGCCGUGUAUGUCUAUCCCGUCGAUCGGCCCGCAAAUUGCUCUGCCCCAUCCAAUGGCACCUUCCUUUCGGCUGUCUCCUCCCUUUGACCUAGCCGUAGAUGUCCGCCCUCCCAGUCCGCGCCAAGCCUUUCCCCCAUUUCUUACUGGUCCUGACCCCUUCCAGGGCAACCUUACCCCCUGCCGUCGUCCUUCUCAUCCCUCUCCUUGGUUCUCCAUUGAAAUUGGCAUAGGUGUGCUGCGUUCUGGGGGUCCCGAGAAGCUCUGGACUGGAGAGGUUGGACAGACAACUUAGAAUAAAGAGAAUGGCUGCCCACCCUAGGCCCAUUUAAUUCUCCCAAGAUGGAAUUAGAUUUUGCUACCUGCUGUUCUGUGACCCUGGGUACCUCUGGCUUUGUUGGAGGGAUUAGGGGUCUCCUAGGCCAUCUAGAGCUUUGAUUUCUCCUAGGAGAGGUGGGACCAGAAAAAGAUAGGGAAAGAAAUCGUU